UGAUUCCCUCUCUGGGGACCCAACUUCGCCUCGUGAUCUCCUCUCCCCUCUGCACAACUCACGGCAACACUGGCAGAGGCUCUUGGUCACUGGAGAGGCAAGGGAAUGCGGAGCCUUCUCUCAUCGUCUCCCUCGCCGCAGGACGGUCCUCAGCUUCACCAUCUCCAUCGUAAUCAUCGUCGUCCUGUGGAGCUCUCGCCUUCCCGACAGACGUUCUCGGACAGGAUGAUGGAGGACAGCAUCGCGGCUGCGGAGGAGGUCAUCAGCAAGUGGGGUCCAGAAGUGGAAGCCCCCCUCUUCUCUGGCAAUGGACGCGCCGAGGCCGACCGAUUCCUCCGCGUCGCCUCGGACCUCCACCGCUCCAUGCUCUUCUUCACCUCCCCUUCGGCCAACUCUGCAGCCUCCCCGGCCACCCGCUCCGCGGUGCUCUUCCGCGCCCAAUCUCUCCUCUCCGCCGCCAUGCGCCGCCUCGAGCGUGAGCUCCACCUCCUCCUCUCCGACCAUUGCCGCCUCCUCGACUCCCACUGCUCGUCCUCCUCGGACGCCUCCACCAUCGAGGACGCCGCCGAGUCCAUCACCGAGAUGGAAAGCGCCUUGGACGUCGUCAUGCGUGAUCUUCGAGCGGUCGCCGAGGCUAUGAUCUCCGCCGGCUACACAAAGGAAUGCGUUCGGGUCUACAAGACGGUGAGCAAAUCCUUCAUCGACAAGUCCAUCCGUCGGUUGGGCUUCGAGCGGCUGACGCAGUCGCAGGUCCAGAAGCUCGACGGGUCGGCACUCGAGUCCCGGAUCCGAGCUUGGCUCGCCGCCGCCCCGAUCGCCUUCAGAAUCCUCUUUUCCCGCGAGCGCCUCCUCUGCGACCGCAUCUUCGCCGGCUCAGACGCCGUCCGCGAGUCCUGCUUCGCCGACGUCGCUCGCGACGCAGCAGCCGCACUCCUCGCCUUUCCGGAGUCGGCAGCGAGAUCGAAGAGAUCGCCGGAGAAGCUGUUCCGUAUACUGGAUCUCUACGACACCCUGGUGGAGCUCUGGCCGGAUAUCGAGUCGCUGUUCAUCUUCGAGUCCACCGCCGCCGUCCGAUCGCAGGCGGUCGUCUCCCUCCUCAGGCUAGCGGAGGUGGCACGGUCGACCCUGGCCGACUUCGAGGCGGCUAUCGAGAGGGACGCCUCCAGGUCACCAGUUCCCGGCGGCGACGUCCACCCACUCACCCGUUACGUGAUGAACUACCUCGUCUUCCUCGCCGACUACGAGCUCGCCCUCGACGACAUCUUCGCGGACUUCCCCUUGCAGACCCCGAGCCCCUUGCUGGAUUCCUUCUUCGAAGCGGCAGCUGUGGCGACGUCACCCACCUCCUCUCACUCCUCCCCCUCCUCAGCCUCUACCACCAUCUCCUUCGAGGGAAGUCCUUGGAGCUCCUCCUCUUCUGCCGCCGCCCGGUCGAUUUCGGACCGAAUCGCGUGGCUCGUCCUGGUGCUCAUCUGCAAGCUCGACGGCAAGGCAGAGCUCUAUCGGGAGGCGGCCCUCUCCUACCUCUUCCUGGCGAACAACAUCCAGUACAUACUGCGGAAGGUGAAGGAGAGCGGGCUGGGCCCCCACCUCGGGGACGAGUGGGUGGCGCGGCACGGGGCAAAGGCGAGGCACUAUGCGGCGAGCUACGUGCAGCUAGCGUGGGCGAAGGUAGCGGCGGCGAUUCCGGCGGACGUGUCCGGCAUGGAGGCGGAGGAGCGGAUGCGUGGGAUCAACGCGGCGCUGGAGGCGGAGUGCCGGGGGCAAGCAGGGUGGGUGGUGGUCUCAGACGGUGGGUUGAGAGAAGAGGUGAGGGAAGCGGUGGCGGAGAUGGUGGUUCCGGCGUACCGAGUGUUCUACGAGAGGUGCCGUCCGAUGCUGAGGGACUCCGGCGCCGGGUCCACGGCGGUGGUGCGAUUCUCGCCAGAGGACGUCAGCAACCAUUUGAACGGGAUCUUCAGCGGCUCGACCGGGUCCGGUUCUUCCAGAAACAGAGUGUCCGGUUCGUCUAAAGACUCGAACCGGUCGCAAUAGAAGAUUGAUUCUUUUUCAUCAUGUAAAAAAAAAGAGAUCAUAUUAAAU